AUGUCUUUGUCCCAGAUGGCACAAAUCAAGCAACUGUGCCGUGGCGGGUCUCAACAAGACUUCAGGACAAUCGGCACAGUCUGCUUCGACAAUUCCUUCCAUCCACGCUCCUUCCCACCGAUGCUUUCGAACCCUUUCAGCAACUGUGCCGUGGCGGGUCUCAACAAGACUUCAGGACAAUCGGCACAGUCUGCUUCGACAAUUCCUUCCAUCCACGCUCCUUCCCACCGAUGCUUUCGAACCCUUUCAGCAACUGUGCCGUGGCGGGUCUCAACAAGACUUCAGGACAAUCGGCACAGUCUGCUUCGACAAUUCCUUCCAUCCACGCUCCUUCCCACCGAUGCUUUCGAACCCUUCCAGCAACUGUGCCGUGGCGGGUCUCAACAAGACUUCAGGACAAUCGGCACAGUCUGCUUCGACAAUUCCUUCCAUCCACGCUCCUUCCCACCGAUGCUUUCGAACCCUUCUAGCAACUGUGCCGUGGCGGGUCUCAAUAGGACUUCAGGACAAUCGGCACAGUCUGCUUCGACAAUUCCUCGAUAUCACGUCCUUCGAUCCACGUUCUUUGGUCUUCGUUCGGCGAUCCUUCUAGCAGCUGUGACCGUGGCGGGUUUCAAUGAAAUUUCAGGACAAUCGGCACAGUCUGCUUCAACAAUUCCUUCCACCCAUUCUCGUCCUUCCAUCCAUAUUCUUCCGUCUACGUCCUCCCGUCUACCUGUGGCCGUGGCGGGUUUCAAUGAAACUUCAGGACAAUCGGCACAGUUUGCUUCGACAAUUCCUCAAUAUCACGUCCUUCGAUCCACGUUCUUUGGUCUUCGUUCUCCGAUCCUUCUAGCAACUGUGACCGUGGCGGGUUUCAAUAAAACUUCAGGACAAUCGGCACAGUCUGCUUCGACAAUUCCUUCCAAGCACGCUCCUUCCCACCGAUGCUUUCGCAACCAUUCAGCAACUGUGACCGUGGCGGGUUUCAAUAAAACUUCAGGACAAUCGGCACAGUCUGCUUCGACAAUUCCUUCCAGCCACGCUCCUUCCCACCGAUGCUUUCGAAACCAUUCAGCAACUGUGACCGUGGCGGGUUUCAAUGAAACCUCAGGACAAUCGGCACAGUCUGCUUCAACAAUUUCUUUCACCCGUGCUCCCUUCCAGCCACGCUCCCUCCCACCCACGCUUUCGAACCCUUUCAGCAACUGUGCCGUGGCGGGUUUCAAUGAAACUUCAGGACAAUCGGCACAGUCUGCUUCGACAGUUCCUUCCAACUACGCUUUCCGACCGAAGCUUUCGAACCCUUCCAUCUACGUCCUCGAAUCCUUUCCAGUAACUGUGCCGUGGCGGGUUUCAAUGAAACUUCAGGACAAUCGGCACAGUUUGCUCGGACAACAAUUACUCCCAUCGACGUCUCUAUCCAAUAUCCUCGGACGCUUCCCAGUAGCUGUGACCGUGGCGGGUCUCAAGACUUCAGGACAAUCGGUACAGUCUGCUUCGACAGUUCCUUCCAACUACGCUUUCCGACCGAAGCUUUCGAACCCUUCCAUCUACGUCCUCGAAUCCUUUCCAGUAACUGUGCCGUGGCGGGUUUCAAUGAAACUUCAGGACAAUCGGCACAGUUUGCUCGGACAACAAUUACUCCCAUCGACGUCUCUAUCCAAUAUCCUCGGACGCUUCCCAGUAGCUGUGACCGUGGCGGGUCUCAAGACUUCAGGACAAUCGGUACAGUCUGCUUCGACAGUUCCUUCCAACUACGCUUUCCGACCGAAGCUUUCGAACCCUUCCAUCUACGUCCUCGAAUCCUUUCCAGUAACUGUGCCGUGGCGGGUUUCAAUGAAACUUCAGGACAAUCGGCACAGUUUGCUCGGACAACAAUUACUCCCAUCGACGUCUCUAUCCAAUAUCCUCGGACGCUUCCCAGUAGCUGUGACCGUGGCGGGUCUCAAGACUUCAGGACAAUCGGUACAGUCUGCUUCGACAGUUCCUUCGAACUACGCUUUCCGACCACGCUUUCGAACCCUUCCAUCUACGUCCUCGAAUCCUUUCCAGCAACUGUGCCGUGGCCGGUUUCAAUAA